CAAUUAAACCCAUCUAUUGUGAUGCUACUCGUUUCAUCAGAUUAUACUGCGCAAGUGUACUACUUGUUGUGGGUGGGACCAGUGAGUCAACCUUAGCCAGUAGUUUUACUUUGAAUGGCAAGACGCAAUCCAGGACUGCUACUUCCGCUUAGCAUGUUUUACGGUGGUUGACUGAGGGGACAGUCAUCUGUGGUUAACAGCUUGGUUGCUCCGCUACCUACAGGAAGAGAGAGAUCCAGACAUCCUCAGCGGGUUACAGCGGAUUCAAAACCAGCACCACAAUCAUGGCGACCCCACAAGAGAUGGAUCAACAACGAUCUCCAGUCAGACCAUCAGCGCCGUUGCUUCUGGCCACAUCUCCUUCGGCUUUAAGACAACAUAAGGGCAGCAAUUUAUCUUCUUCAGAGCACCAAACCACAACGACGAAGCCAUUGUGGGCGCCUCUUGAAACAGAUGCUCCCAUUACGCUAGCGUCACUUAACGACGAUGAGGCCCACGUUUGCCAACUUUGUAGCUGCUGGUAUGAGACACGGAAAGGUCUGUCCAGUCAUGCCCGCUUUCAUCUACGGCAGCUCGGAAUCCCUGACAAUGAAAUUAAGGGCAGCCCCAUUGACUUUCUAUACCAGAUAAUGAACGAGGAGGACCUCAAGUCCUUCAGCAAGGAUCAACAGGAGCACCGCUCUGAAAACAGUUUACUUGGGACUCCCCCUAAACGUCCCUCAGGACUGUCCUCUCCACACACGUCUCCUCCUUGUAAGCGAUCAAAGUCCUCUGAGGAGUGCACCUGUACUCUUUGCGGGGAGAAAUGUAAAAAUCGAAGAGGCCUGGCCAGCCAUGCACGCUCUCACCUGCGUCAGAUUGGGGUGCUUGACCUACUGGGGAAAGAAGAGUCUGCUAUUGACACUAUUCAGGAUCUGGUGAGCAGUGGCGUGUUAGAAACCAUGAACCCCCCUAAAAUGAAAAGUAUCUCCAGCCCCAACGCUGUUCUCUCGUCAGCACCAGCCUCCCCUGUAGCUUCCCAACCUGUGUCUCCAGUCACAGGGCAAUCCAGGUCCCCUUUUCCCUCCACUUUCCAGAGCCCUGCAAAGUCUCCUCAGAUCCCAGGGAAUCGGGCUCCAAAGGCUAAGAAGGGCUUUCGUUUGGCGGUGGACCCCCUCCUCAGAAAGCCCAAGCCGGAGCCUUUGGAGGUUGAUGUGUCUGCACUGAUGGGAUCCAGCUGUAGCAGCAGCAGCCCCCCCACUCUGAGCUCAUCAGCUCUUGUAACGCCUUCAAAGUCUCUCAGUGCAGAUGAACAGUCACCACCAACAGUCCUUUGCGACUACUGCGGUCAACUCUUUGAGACCCGCAAAGCCCUCUCGUGCCACGCCCGCGCCCAUCUGCGCCAGCUUGGUCUCACCUGGUCAAUAAAGACGUCGCCGAUUGAUCUCCUCAAGGAUGUUAUGAUGCAAGGGGAAGACGGCGGUAAGGGCUUUUUGUCCAGUGAGGCGUCAUCGUUGAGGAAAGCCUCCUUGAGCCCUCAGCGUUCUAAAAGGAUAUUGGACACAACUUCAAACUCCUGCUCCUCACCUCUGGAUUACUCCAUGAAGGAGAAGCCUUCGUAUAGCAAAAGUGAGGCUUUGCUCUUAGACGCAUCCUGCGAGGUGUGUGGGUUCAACUUUGAAAACCGCACGGCGCUAGCAAGCCACGCGCGGGCCCACCUUCGUCAGCUUGGUGUUGUGGAAUGGAAGGCUGAAGGGGCGACAUCACCGAUUGAACACCUCAAGGAGUUUAUGCAGAAGCACCCGGACAGGGUGGCUGCUCUCGGACGACGCUACCGGGAGGGAGAACUGUGCAUUAAGAAGAAAGGGUCUUCAUUAUCCACUCUGUCGGACUCUGAAUCUUUGCCUGCUUCCGAGAUGAAGAUCUCAGGGCAUAAUUUGGGCAAAGAGGACCAGGGCUCACCCAAAAAGCCGCCAUCCUCUGUGGCAGCAUGUGGAAACGCCGGUGUGCGCUCUCCAAGAGAACGUAUGCCUCCAAAACCACUUGCACCUGUAGCAGAAGAAAAUCAAGACACCAACUCCCAGCAACUAUCAAGAUCCGGCAACAUCCCGGCGCUGCUGCCCAAACCUCCUUUAACUCCUUUGGUCAAACUGGUCGGAAAAGUUUACUCCCUCAAGUGCAGGUUUUGUGAAAAAGUGUUUCACGGGCCACUGUCUGUUCAAGAGCAGUGGAUCACACACCUGCAGAAACACAUCCUGUCUCUGGGCUACAAAGGCAAAGAGUCUCCUCCUGCUGCUCCAGUAUCUCCUCCAGCUCUCAUUCAUCCAGUAGCUGUCUAGUUUCAACAACUCUCCCAAAACACAUGGAUGAAAGGAUCAAUGUGUGGCUUAUUUAGUAACUUUAAGUCAAUCCACCAUCCACCAUUCUCUUUGUAUUUGCACGCCCUUCUCAUUGCGAUUCAAAUGAUUCACCAAAAGUGAUCAAUUCAGUUGCGCUGCUGAAUUAUUAGCAACUUUAUGAGGGACCAAACCUCAUUUUAACUUCAAGCUGCACAGUGUAACCCUUUUGAAUCCUUGUCAAGGCACAUUUUUACACAUUUUGCUGUGUGACAUGUUCAAAAGUCUUAAUGUAUUUUAUGUUGAUACUUAAAUAUGGCAGAAUACAAAUGAGACUUUCUGUACUUAAGAUUGUCUGCACGUACAGUAUAACCAUUGUUAUCUACCCUUUUUACUAUGUGUGCGCUCCUUUUAGUCAUCCGUUUUAAUACAUGUAAAUUAAAUUCCGUCUCUUGUACAUGGUGUGAUUUUAUUGAAAGUAUUUUAGAACACAGGUCUUUCUGAGCUAAAAUGACAUUCCUGCAUCUUUAUUGGUAAAUCGUUUUAACUUUCAAGGGGCUUGAAAUGCUUUUGCGGUGUUGCCUUGUUCACACAAUCAUGAUGCUAUUGAAGAAAAAAAAUCUAACAUAUGGAAUUGAGUGAGGGGGAUCUGGAGGUUGAACCCAUAACUUUUUAGGGUAUUUUUACACGCAAUAUGUAUGCCGGGCCAGGUAUAUGUGUAGGUUUAAGUUUGACAUACAGUAUGUACAGUAAGCUCAGUGGAUGCCUACACAUUCACAAUUCAGCAGUCACGGCUGUGCAAAUUUGCAGGAAAAAAAAUACAGUAUUCAAUUUUUUUCUCCACUUUUUCUUGCAGAAAACAUUUCAUUCACUGUAAGUCAGUAAUUUAUAAAUAUGUGAUAAUACAGGUCAAAUGUACAGUAUACAUGUACCACUAUUAGAAAGCCCACAGUUUUUAAAUCUUUAUGUCUUUAUGCAUCACUGAUAAAAAAAUUUUUUUCACAUUUAACAGUUUGUUCGUCAGUCCUUGAAUGCACCAUAGUUGUGUUCUGUAACUGCCAUUAAAUAUGAUUUUAGCAACGC